AUGUCUAGCUAUUCACCGUCAACAAUACUGCGCAUCUAUGGCUUGCGCCCCUGGAAACGUACAUCAUCGAUACCGGAGGACUACUUCAUUGACCUCAACCCUGAGAAGGACUUGUUCCAGGUGCAGAAAUGGACGGCGGACGAUUACAGGCUCAUGCCCAAUGAGGCGACGGUUGUCUUGCGCAUCCAUGCAGCCUGCCGUGGCGACCGAGCUUCGUACGGCGUCUUUGUCAGCGCCAACUCUCGCUACAACGGGCAGGAACUACUGCCGGCAGCGUUUCCGCAGACGAAGGCGCGUGCUGAGAUUGAGGCGUUUCACCACGCUUUAGACGCUGUCGGCAACAUUACCAGAGACCACCCCGAGAUUGUCGACGUCAAAAUCGGCACUGGUUCUGACUUCCUCGUCGAGGCACUGUGCAAUGGCCCUAUGUGGCUGCUGAUGAUGAACGACGGCCUCGAAGAACGCACCCCCCAGCAUGCCGACUUCGUCAGGUUCCGGCAGAUCGAUGAACACGUCCAGGAGGUGGAGUCGAAUGGAAGAAUUCGGGUUCAGAUUUGGCAUCUCGGAGGUGAUUUCCACUAUGCCGCCCAGGACCUGGCCUAUGAUGCUCUGAGCCGGCACUUCGAUGGCGGUCCCCAGCAAGCACCCCGGAGGCGAGGAAGCGGGAAAAGGGCGGCUGGAGGAGCCAAAGUGGCAGGCCGAGUCCCAAUCGUGCCGGGGAUAGCGGACUCGGCCAUGGAAUACCCCGCGCAGGCUGUCGGUCUUCAAUCUUUGCCCGCCCUCCUGUGCUCCCAACUCUCAGCUGCGAACGCCAUGGACAAAGAGGGCUCUGCGCCCCGCCCUGGCCCAACCCGGCGGCGGAGACCGGCCCUCGCGUGUGAAGCCUGUCGCGCCCGCAAGAUCAAGUGUGACCGCAACGCUCCAUGCAACAAGUGCAUCCGCGGAAAGAGGGCCCGCUCUUGCACUUACGUGCCUGAACCGGGCCCUCCCGUCGCCAGGCCCCGCCCUGCCAACCCCACCCCGUCCAAUUCAUUGCCAUCUCCACUGUCCGCCAAUGGCCCGCCAUCUCACCCACCCAAUCCCGCCCACCAACCAUCCGAGCCCUCCAACUCCGCCCUUCACUCGCCUGCAGUCACAGAAGCGGCGUCGGCGAAGCCUCUUCCUGCAGAGCUCCAGCCCACGUCGCAGCCUAACGAACGGUCCCAUCUGCCCACCAAGGCCACCCGCGACAAGGGCAAGCUGUUUGGUGCUUCUCACUGGACCAACACCGCUGAGAAUCUGCCCCAACUACUUCGCUUUGACGAGCUUGAUCCCGCUCGCCAUCCGCAAAUCAAAUCGCUCCUACAAACAUGCAAACAGCAUGCUCGAAAGGCCAAGACGCAUCCCAAUCCAGCCGAGCCCACCGCUUCCCAUCUGCGAGACAAGCUUCCUCCGCGCCCUGUUGCCGAUCGCCUCCUUCAACAGUACCUCGAGACCUUUGAGACCGUCUACCGAGUCCACCAUGUUCCUUCGUUCAGACAGGAGUAUGACCAGUACUGGUCCUCGCCAGAGUCAGCCCCCGAAGCCUCCGUUGUCAAGCUCUUGCUUGUGCUUGCUCUCGGCACUUGUUUCGACGACGACGACGACGCGAGCACUGCCGCUGACUCGUGGUAUUUUGCCUCGAUGCAAUGGGUCCUCGCUGCCCAUGCCUGGGCCUCGUCGCCCUUCUCCAAGAACAGACGCAUCACCCUUGCCGGAGUCCAGAUCCACUGUCUGCUUAUGCUUGCCCGCCAAACCCAUGCCGUUGGCGGAGACUUUGUCUGGGUCUCGGCUGGCUCUUUGCUGCGCACCGCCAUGCAGAUUGGCCUGAAUCGAGAUCCUGUCCAACUCCAGCUUUCCUCUCCCGUCGAGAUCGAGGUGCGGAGGAGAGUGUGGGCAACCACCACCGAGCUUCUUGUACAGGCGAGCAUCGACGCCGGCCAACCACCCCUGUUUUCCACCGACGACUUUGACUGCGAGCCCCCAUCCGACACGUACGGAUUCGACAUGCAUUCUCGCGACCACAUUCCGUCCAUCAGCGAAGGAGAUUCUUCAGAACCGCCGAUAUCUGCCCAGAACAUCCUCUCGGAGAGUCUGCCCGUUCGGCUGCAAAUCGCAAAAUUCCUGAACCAUUUCCGCUCCGACCUGUCUUAUUCCACCGCUCUUGACCUCAGCACUCGGCUUACCAAGCACAUUCGCAGACGCCUCGCCUGUUUCAAUCCUUCAUCCCAGCGCGAGCUCUUCCAAUGCAAAAUGGUCGAGUUCUUGACUUACCGUUUCCUGAUUGCGCUGCACCAGGCAUUCGCCGCGAAAUCCAAGGAGUCGCCUUCGUACUACUUCUCUCGCAAGAUGUGCUUGGAUGCUUCUCUGCUCGUCCUCAAUAUCAACCACCCCGAGCCUGGCUCAAGGUUUUACCAAAAGCUUGUCGCUCUCGGCAAUGGAAUGCUGCACACUACAUUCCUUCAAGCUUCGAGCUUUGUUGUCCUCGAGCUCAUCUGGCAGCAAGACGAUUCAACUGGUUUCUCAUCUCUUGUCACCGAAUCAAGUAUGACGGCACGUAGAGAGCAGCUCGCCGCUAUCCGCCUCUACGCUACCGCGUUGCGCGAACGAUUGGGCAGAGGGCAGAGCAAUUUCAAAGCAUAUGUCUUCCUUGCCUCCGCCAUCACCCAGCUUGAGCAUGUGGACGGGAAGAACCCUGAUGCAGAAAUGCUGAUCUCACGCUUGGAGAAACUGCUUCGAGACUGCUCCGAGAUUCUGGCUCAAGCUGCGUCGUGGAGAUCGGAUCUCCCGAACGGACAGAUUGACACACCAAGCGCACACACGAGUGAGCUUGGAGAUCUGGGUUUUGAUAUAGGAAACUAUCCUUUCGACUGGGAGCUUUCGAAUGUGAUGCCACUGUCGAACACUCUGUUUCCCGAACCAAUAUACUGGCCAGUUCAAGAAUAA